AUGCCUGUAGAUCUAUCUCUAUACCUUGUUACGGAUUCAACCCCAGCCAUCCUGAAAGGGCGAGACCUAUGCACGGUCGUCGAGGAUGCCCUGAAAGGAGGUGUUACGGUGGUGCAAUACCGGGACAAGAAGAGCGAUACCGGAGAUUUGGUUCAAACUGCCAAAAGACUGCACCAGAUAACCCAGCGCUAUGGAGUCCCACUACUGAUCAAUGAUCGAGUGGAUGUUGCACUCGCUGUUGGAGCUGAGGGUGUCCAUUUGGGUCAAGAUGAUAUGAUGUUCGAACUGGCGAAGGAGCUUCUUCCUAAAGAUGCCAUUAUUGGAAUUAGUACCUCGAGUAUAGAAGAGGCCCGCAAGGCUGUCGCCGAUGGGGCUGAUUACCUUGGAAUUGGGACGAUGUUUGCCACUCCAACAAAAACCAAUACUAAGUCUGUCAUUGGAACAGCAGGAACUCAGGCGAUUUUGGAUGCGAUCAGUGAUUCUUCCGUGGGCACUGUGUCUAUUGGAGGCAUCAACCACGCAAAUGUCCAGCGGGUGCUUUACCAGUCCGCGUCUCCAAAGAAGGGUCUGGAUGGAGUGGCUAUUGUGAGCGCGAUUGUGGCUGCUGAUGAUCCCAAGGCUUCGGCUGAGGAGUUCGCCAAGCUCAUCAAGUCACCUCCUGCAUUUGCCUUGGCUUCCAAGGCGCCCCGGGCCAACGAGGCCGAAGGCUUGUUGGCCGAGGUGCCUCAAAUCGUCCGCAAAAUGGUGGAGGUGCACCCGCUGGUCCACAACAUGAUUAAUUUCGUAGUGGCUAACUUUGUCGCGAACGUUGCAUUGUCCAUUGGUGCCUCACCUAUCAUGUCCCCCUAUGGCGAUGAGGCUAAAGACUUGUGCAAGUUUGAUGGCGCUCUCCUCAUCAACAUGGGUACAUUGACCAGCGAGAGUGUCUCCAACUACCAAAAGGCCAUCAAGGCAUACAACACACGGGGUAAUCCGGUGGUUUAUGAUCCCGUGGGUGCUGCCGCGACAGAGAUUCGCCGAAAUGCAGUCUCUCAACUUAUGUCAGGAGGCUACUUCGAUCUGAUCAAGGGGAACGAGGGCGAGAUACGCCAGGUUUGGGGCAGUAAUACGGUGCAGCAGCGUGGCGUUGACAGCGGACCCAGUAGCCUCGAUGGCCAGCAAAAGGCAGCUCUUGCACGAGACCUGGCCCGACGAGAGAAAAAUGUUGUGCUGAUGACCGGACCCAUCGACUACCUCAGCGAUGGAGAGCGUGUAAUCGCCGUGGAAAAUGGCCACCCGUAUCUGGGUCAGGUGACAGGAACCGGAUGUGCCAUUGGUAGCAUCUCGGGGUGUUUCUUGACAGCCCACCGCUCUGACAGACUUCUCGCUGUGCUAUCGGGAAUUCUGAUGUUCGAGAUUGCAGCUGAGAACGCAGCAGCCAAAGAGUAUGUUCGCGGUCCUGGCAGUUUUGUGCCAGCGUUCCUGGAUGAACUUUACGCUAUUCGCACGGCGGCGGCCAAGGGUGACGAUAGCUGGUUCGUUGGCCGGGCCAAGGUGCAUGAAGUGAAAAUCUAG